UCAAAAUAGAGGAGCUGGGGAGGUAAUCCUCGAGAAGCAAUUCUUCACGACGAAGUCAAAGGUGUUCAUGAAAUCAAGAUACAGGAUGAAAUAUUCUGGAUCCACAACAACUUCAACUCUAAAAGACUACAGGCACUAUAUCAAGACAUUUCCAAUGAUCUUUAGUCUCGUGACGAGAAAAUCUUUCGCAGCCACUCUCUCAUUCCUAUAGAUAAGGAUAAACUCCUACUUGGCGUGAGUUUGGUUGCUGACCUGCCAAAUAUCCAUUACUACUUGCCACAUCAUUGUUCGAGACUAUCCAAGACAAACAAAGACAUCUUCGGAUUUAGGAAGUGGCGAAAGGGUG